AUGGCGGCUUCGCCCCUCACGGCCACCAGAUCUGCAGUUUUUAGUAAAAAGUGCGAAUUGGGCGGUUCAAUCUCCUCUUCCCCUCCUCCGUUAGUUGCGCAUAGAUGCAGGAAACACUCUUUGAAUAAAAUCCUCGCAGUCAUGGCACCUUCCCGAACUCCUCAGCGCCCUCCAUCGACCACAGGCUCGGUGAAGCACGCAAUGACGAUGACUGAGAAGAUUCUAGCCAGGGCUUCGGAGAGGUCGCAGCUGGAACCCGGGGAAAAUGUAUGGGUGAAUGUGGAUGUCCUGAUGACUCAUGAUGUCUGUGGUCCUGGGACAAUCGGAAUCUUUAAGCGAGAGUUUGGAGAGAAUGCCAAGGUUUGGGAUCGUGAAAAGGUAGUCAUAAUACCAGAUCACUACAUUUUCACAAGUGAUGAACGUGCAAACCGAAAUGUGGAUAUCUUGAGGGAUUUCUGUUUGGAGCAAAACAUCAAAUACUUCUAUGAUAUUAAGGAUCUUGGAAAUUUCAAGGCUAAUCCGGAUUAUAAAGGUGUUUGCCAUGUUGCGCUUGCUCAGGAGGGCCAUUGUAGACCUGGCGAGGUUUUGCUUGGUACGGAUUCUCACACUUGUAAUGCUGGUGCUUUUGGCCAAUUUUCUAGUGGAAUUGGGAACACUGAUGCAGGCUUUGUCAUGGGCACCGGAAAGCUUCUACUUAAGGUACCUCCUACGUUGAGGUUCAUAUUGGAUGGAGAAAUGCCAAGUUAUUUGCUAGCUAAGGAUUUAAUUUUGCAAAUAAUUGGUGAAAUAACAGUAGCUGGUGCCACAUAUAAGUCUAUGGAAUUCCUUGGCUCGACUGUUGAAAGCUUGAGUAUGGAAGAGAGGAUGACAUUAUGCAACAUGGUCGUAGAAGCUGGGGGCAAGAAUGGGGUUGUCCCUGCAGAUAAAACUACAUUCAAAUACCUCGAGGAUAAGACUUCUGUGGAAUAUCAACCUGUGUAUAGUGAUGAAAAUGCCAGGUUUAUUCAAGAUUACAAAUUUGAUGUCUCAAAGUUGGAACCAUUGGUUGCAAAGCCACAUUCUCCGGAUAACCGUGCUCUAGCAAGAGAAUGCAAAGAUGUGAAAAUUGACAGGGUAUACAUAGGAUCAUGCACCGGAGGAAAGACCGAGGAUUUUAUGGCUGCUGCAAAGGUUUUUCUAGCCUCGGGAAAGAAGGUUAAAGUCCCCACAUUUCUUGUCCCAGCCACACAGAAGGUCUGGAUGGAUCUCUAUGGGCUCCCAGUUCCAGGAUCUGGCGGAAAGACCUGUUCCCAAAUAUUUGAAGAAGCUGGUUGUGAUACUCCCACAAGUCCUAGCUGUGGUGCUUGCUUGGGUGGCCCUCGAGAUACCUAUGCUCGCAUGAAUGAACCUCAGGUUUGUGUUUCAACUACCAACAGGAAUUUUCAUGGCAGAAUGGGGCACAAAGACGGUCAAAUUUACUUAGCUUCGCCAUAUACAGCGGCUGCAUCAGCAUUGACCGGCUUUGUAACCGAUCCAAGAGAGUUCUUGCAGUAAAAGAUUGGGCUCAUUAUAGUCAUGGAAGCUCUGUUAAUCAUAAUUUGGAUUGGAUUGUUCGACGGGCUUUGUUGUCUGUUAAUGAUAGAACUAUUUAUGCUCAAAGUAUGAUCCAAUCCAUGGUUAGGAGAGAAGGAAUCUGGCAAGAGUCUUGCAAUUAUGGUCAAGAAUUAGUGACUUUUCAGGAGUUGUUUGUAUUUGAAGGGGUCUAAACUAUAUCUAAGGUCAAGCAACGUGAAGUUAUAAUCAGGAGUUCUUUUCUUCCUGUAGGCUGAGCCAUUUGUGAUGUUACUGGUAAUCUUAAUUUGCUUCGAAAUAAGAUGAGUUUCUGCUCUGUUUAUAUUCA